AUGGAGAAAAUUCUCAGAGACAUAAACCUCGCUAAACUCUUUGUCUCUCGUGGACUCUUCUCUUUUCUCUUUUACCACUUUCAAUCUCUCUGUAACUCAUGGACAUCAUCAUCAUGGUCAUCUUCUAGAAGAACUGUGAAGAGUCCAGAUUACAAGGUGAGAUUGAGCAGAGAGGAAGUGGUGAUGGUGAUGGAGAGAUUGGGACUGAUGAGCGGUGCAGAAUCAGAAGGGGAUGAAGGGAUAGAGGAGGCGAUUGGGGAAGAAGAGGUUGAAGCAUUGUUCGAGAAAGAACCAAGUCUCGAGGAGCUUAAGGAUGUCUUCGAGGUGUUCGAUGAAAAUGGAGAUAGCUUCAUGGAGGCCAGAGAGUUGCAGAGAGUGUUGAAGUGUCUGGGCUUGGAGAGAGAGAUUGAAGAGUGUAGCAGAAUGAUUAGUGUUUUUGAUCUGAAUGGAGAUGGACUCAUUGAUCGCUCUGAGUUUGUCAAGUUCAUGGAACAAAUUUUUGUGACUUAG